AUGAUAGAUUACUAUUAUUGUUAUACAAAUAAUAAAAGUGCAAUUGGGAAAAAAUGUAAAUUUAGUAAAUCGAAAAGUCAAAUUAUUGGACGAAUCGAGCCAAACAAUCAAAUAAAAAAAAAAUACAUGUAUAAAGAAAAUAUAAAUUAUAAUGAUGAAAAUAUUAAAAAAUAUAGUGAAGAAUAUAUUAAUAUUGAAAGUGUAAAAUUAGAAAAUAAAUUCUUUUAUCAUAGUGAAGGGGGAUGGACAAAAGAUGUUGAUAUUAGUGAACAUCAAAAUAAAUUAAAAUAUAUAAAACGAUUAGACAAAGAUAUAAAUUUAAUAAAUAGCUUAAAAUAUCUUAUGAAUGAAACAACAAAAAUAAUUAAUAAAAAUAAUUGUAUAAAUAUAUAUGAAGAAUAUUUUAAAGAUGAUAUUAAAAAUGACGAACAUUUUAAAAUAAAAUCUUUAUUAGUAAUUAAAGAUAAACUUCGAAAAUAUAAUAGAUUUGUUACAUCUAUUAAAUGGGCAAAUGAUAAUACACAUAAAAUAGCUAUAUCUUAUUGUGUAAAUAAUUAUCAAAAAAUUUUAAAUAAUACUCCAAAAAAUUGUCUAUUAUAUAACUUAAACGAAAUAAAUAAUCCUUAUCAAAUCUUAUAUUCUAAAUCAUUUAUAAAAUGUUUAAGAUUUAAUCAUAAAAAUUCAGAUUUAUUAUUAGCGGGUUCAUAUGAUGGUACUAUUCAUUUAUGGGAUCUAAGAAAAAAAAAUAAUUUAUGUGAAUCAUCUUCUAUAAAUUGUAGUCAUAAAAAUAUUGUUAACGAUAUUACAUGGCUACAAACUAAAACUAACAACCAAUGCCUUUCGACAUCUAGUGAUGGUUUAUGUCUAAUUUGGGAUAUUAGAAAUCUUUCAAAUCAUAUCGAAUCUUUUUAUUUAAAUAAAGAUACAACAGAUACUUUUGAUUUAUUAGAAAAAUCGAACAUUAUUUCAAAUAACUUAGGUGGAACACUUUCUCCAGAUAAUCCAACCAAAAACACACAAAAAGAACACUCUACAUCUAAAUUAGAUGCCAAUGAUGAUAAUUAUUAUAGUGCAAAUUACAUUGAAUGGUGUCUAGAAGCUGGACCGUCAAAAAUAUUAGUUGGAACUGAUGAAGGAUAUAUUCUAUCUUUAUCAAAAAGACAAUCUAAACAUUUAGAACUUCUUCAAAAAUAUGGAACAUCAAAUGAAAAACAUUUAUCUGCUAUUACUAGUAUUAAAAGAGUUUCAAUAAAUUUAAAAUAUUUUUUAACAACUGAUAAAUGGGGUUUUAAUAUAUGGUCUGAAGAUAUUAAAUUUCCUAUAAUUUCAAAUUAUUAUAAUGAAUCUAUUAUUAAUAAAGGACAUUGGAUUCAUGAUUCUCCUUUUUUUAUUUUAACAAGAAAAGAUGGAUAUUUAGAUUUUUGGAAUAUACUUUCGAAUUUUAAUGAACCAACCAUUAAACAUAAAAUAUGUAAUUCUUCUAUAACUGAAAUAGAUGCACAUUUAAACAACAGAUAUAUAUCUAUAGGAAACGAAGAAGGUGAUAUACAUAUAUUAAAACUUGGUAAAAGUUUUUGUACAAAUUCAAGCGAAAAUAAAAAUUCAUUAGACGAAUUACUUGAAAGGGAAUCUAAACGAGAAAAGAAUCUUGAAUAUAUUAGAAAGCAACUUAAUUGUAUCAAAAAAAAAAAAGAGUAUUUGUCCUUUUCAGACAUACAAAUUCAAGAUCAACAAAUAAAAGAAACUGAACGGAUUUACGAUUCAAUUCGACAAUUGUGA